AUGAUGGUUAUUCCUAAAUGGUGCUUGGGAAAGGGUGAUGGAUGGGCUAGGUCGGUGGAUAGGUGGCUCGGCGACGAUGCAGAGUUUGCUGCCAAGAGCAGCAGGGCCCGGGCUAACCGUGGAAAAGACGGGACACACGGCCAAGGAAACAGGAACCACUGGGGCUUCAAGGCAAUGAAGGAGGCCAAGUUGAAGAGGUCACUCUCAGACAUACAGUCAUGGGUGAUGGCCCGUGCUAGGACUAAUCCCAAGGAAGGCGAGAGCAAGUACUAUGGCAAUACAGAGGAGCAGAUAGAGUCCUACAAGGAACAAUUUGAGAGGUUGCAUCCGCCUGGUCCGGAUGCUCCUGACGUGAUCGAAUCUCAGAUUGAUGAGACGGCGGUGAUGUCUAUUCAGGGGAAGGCCCAUGGCCGCUAUCCGUGUUUCGAUGGCUUGAUCACUCCUUCAGUCUCUUACACACAACUGCGGGCUACCAAUCCGAGCCCGUGCAGCAGUAAGGGGCGUUCGCAACCUCCCUCAGACCCCCAGCAUGAUGCAUACAUGGCCUUUGUCGAGCGUAGGAAUCUCGAGGUGCAGGAGUACAUGCGCCUAAUGAAGGCAAACGUGAAUUACAAUCGUGGGAUGAUGGCGGCUAUAGCGGCGUCUUGGAAUAACCGCGCGGAGCCACCACAAAUGGUACCCCCACCACCACCUACUGGAGAACCCCCACAUGUACCCACAUUCGAUGAAUGGGUGACACUAUGCAGUCAGACUCCGGGGACUGGUGACUCGACUGCUGCUCCGUCGAGUUUUGAUGAUGUUCUUUAAGUUUCUACUUGUGUUCAUUAGAUGAUGUUCUUGAGAUAAUCAUGAUAUGUGUUGUCAUAUUGAACUUUAUGUGAUAUUUGUGAGAUGAUGAUGUUGAACUUUUAUGUGGGAUGAUGAUGAUGUUGUUGAACUUUAUG